UGCGGCAGCCAGAGGAGCAGUGAGACUGGAGCACCCCUGCAUCCCAUCCCUGCACCCCAUCCCUGCGUCCCAUCCCUGCAUCCCAUCCCUGCAUCCCAUCCCUGCAUCCCUGCGUGGGCUCAGGGCUGAAUCCCGGAGUGAAGAUCCAGGAGCCUCCCCAGCGGCCCCAGCAGAGCUGCCCGGGCACUCCGAGGGGCACAGGGGGAUCAGCAGCGCCGUGCCGGGGCCAUGGUGCCCUUGGGCAGCCCCGCUCUCGCCGUCUGCGCCUCCAGCAACCUUCGCCUCGUGGCCCCCGGGCGCGGCUCCCCCCUGGCCUGGCUGAACCGGGGUCCCGAGUGCCCGCAGGGCCCGGGGGGCAGCGGGGGCCGCAGACCCAGCGCCGUGGAGCGCCUGGAGGCCGACAAGGCCAAGUACGUGAAGUCGCAGCAGGUGAUCAGCAGGCGGCAGGAGCCGGCGCUGCGGGGCUCGCCCCGCCUGUCCCCGCACGGCCGCCGCCUGCUCGCCCGCCAGCAGUGCGGGGAGCUGUGCCCGGGCUCGGAGCUGGCCCGGGAGGGGCCGCGUGUCCCCCAGUCCCCCGUGUCCCGCCGCAGCGGCAGCCGGCGCCUGCUGAGACCCGACUCGCUCAUCAUCUACCGGCAGAAACGGGACUGCCUGGGCGGGGACAAGGAGAACACCAAGGGCUCGGGGCUGGUGCGGCGCCUCUUCCAGGGACCCCUCAGACCGCCCAGCUCGCCCCCGGCCAGGGCGCUGGGCGAGGGGCCCCGAGCCCCCCCGAGCCCCGAGCCCCCCAUGCUGUGGGCGCCCGCGGAGAAGGACGAGUCGCGGACACCGGGAGGUGACAGUGGCGGUGACAGCGGUGGCAUCUUCGCCGCGCCCGGCAGCCCCGCGGAGCAGAACCCCGGUGUCCCCGGGAAGGAGCCGCUGGCUCUGCGGGUGUCGCUGCCGCUGUCGGAGCAGGAGCGAUUCUUCAACUACUGCGGGCUGGACCGGGCUCUCGUGGAGCUGCUGGGCCGGGAGCGCUUCGGGCCGGCGGGCUGGGACAGCGCCUCGGUCCGACCCCCCGGAUCCUGCGAGUCCGAGCCCGGCAGGGCCUCGGGGGGCAGCGAGGGGGACGCGGGGCCGGGCGAGGAGGAGCCGGACACCCGGCCGGGCUCCGCCGUCUCGGUGGUGGAACGCAACGCCCGAGUCAUCAAGUGGCUCUACGGCUGCCAGAGAGCCUGGGCGGCCGCCAAGGAGUCCACGGUGUGAGCGGGGACAGCCGGGCCGGCACCGGGACCGGGACCGGGACACCCGCGUGGCUCCCGCUGGCUGCGCGUGGCCCCUCGCCCUCGCUGGAUGUGGCCAUGGGCUGGUGGCACCCACGGCCCUGGUGUUGGGGGGAUGCUGAAGGCUGGGAGAGCCACCAGACCCUCAGGCUGAGAGUGGUGGGGGCACCUGAGGGGUCGGUGAGCCCAUAGCCUCAGGGCUGGCACGCUGCUGUGCCCCUGCUGUCACCCAUCUUCUCUGUCCCCACCCGGGGGUGUGGGAGGGACCUGCGGCCCCCACUGACCACUCGUGUCCUGCUGCGGCCGCAGGCUGGGGGUGGGCAGGGCCUGAGACCCCUGUCGUGGGCAGUGCCCACCCCACAGCCCCCUCCUCCCCAG